AUGACAAUAGUACUGUUUAUAUUGUCCUUGAUAAUCGCCGUUAAUGGAGACUUGGUCAAUGACACUGACAUAAGUAUGCAGAACAAUGUGCUUGAGACUCCGUAUCCGAAGGCAGAGAUGACCCUAUCACUUGAAGAAAUACUCAAGAAGCUACCAAAGAUGGAGCGCGACGAUGUCGAUAAGAGGGGAUACUCUAUUCCCGAAAUAAAUGAAAGGAGUGGAGUUGACCAGCAGCUUUUCCAGGGCGAUAUCCUUCUCACAAAGUACGUACUGGAGGACGUUGCCGAAGGCGCUGGAGACGAAAUCGAGGAUGCCACCGCGGGGGAAAUCAGCCGCACCAAGCGUCAAGCAGUCAGAGAUCACCGUCUGUUGUGGAAUGGUGGAGUAGUGAACUACUACUUCGACGGUUCUCUUAGCGAGGAUCUCCAGAGGAUUUUCCAGAAAGCAGUGGACUUGUGGCAGAAAGAUUCGUGUGUCAAGUUCGUCUAUAACUCUACAGAAUCGUGCGAUCCCACUAAAAAAGUGUCUUGCGACAUGGGCGGCUUCCCUAACCCACGUGACUGUAGCAAAUGUGUCUGUCCUGGUGGUUAUGGCGGAGACCGAUGCAAUGAAAGACCAAAGGACAAUUGUGGAAGUACAUUAACAGCGUCGCCGAACUGGACCACUUUCACAAAUACUCUAGGGGAUCUGAGUGUUGAUGUCAGAGAGGACUUCACGAACUGUACAUUCUGGAUCGAAGUACGUUAG